CUGGCUUCUGGCUCAGGAUCCUGCUGCCUCUGCCUCCUGAGGAGCUGGGGUGACAGGAGGGCAAUGUGCUCAGCUCUCAACCCUGUGUCUGUACAGAAAGAGAUCCUGCUGCGUGUCCUGCACUACAUCCAGUACCUCCAGAGAAGCAUUGAUGUGGUCAGGGCCUUGCUCAAGCUCCACAUCGGCAAUGGCAAAGGUGGAUUUGUGGGGCUGGGUGGGAACCCAUCUGCUGGCCAGACCCUGCUGAGACACUCCACCCCCUCCAGCUCUCAGAAGUCACACCUUUGGGGCACCGGUUCAGAACUUCAGAAGUUUACCCUAGCUUCAGAGCCCCCAGUCUGGCCCAGUAAGCCUCACCACUCUCUAUCUCUGGACCAGUCUGAAUAUGUAGUCAACAUAUGCCCAGGCCUAAAGGAAGAAAAUGUGGAAGGUGCCACCUAUCCAAGAGACCUCAGCCCUAGUACCCACCCCACAACUGCACAGUCCCUGUCUGGAGGUGAUGGACAAGAGGGCCAGCUGGUGUUCCUGGACUUGGCUCAGAACAUUGUUGCCUAUGACAUCACAGACGAUCACGCUGUAGGAGCCCAGGAUGGAGAGCUUGAUGUCAAGGAUGAGGGCCAGAUUCAGAAGUCCUACCUCCUCACCAGGGCACAGCCCUAUCUCAGGGUUUGUGUCUUCUCCCAUCCCAACACUUGCAGGCAGAAGCUAUUCUUAUGCACUUCCGGUGAGGCAGACAAAGAAGCCCCAGACAUUGACCCCUGGCUGCCUGUGUGGACCUCAGAGGACAGCCCAAAUGGGAGCCCACUGGCCUUGAAGUCUUCUCAGACCAAUACCUGGCAUGUGACGAACUACCUGAGUGAGGUCUUAGGACUUAGCUCUUCCCUCUUCAGCUCCCCAAGCAAAAUCCUGCCAGAUCAUGUCCUGGAAGAUGGCACCUAUUUUCUGACUGAAGGUCUCUUGGAGUCUUCACCUGCUACCUCUGAACUGGAAAGGUCCCCAGAGAAGGUUGUACCCUCUGAGGACAGCACAGGUCUGCCUAACUUCCAGUCCUCAGUCUCACUGGACCACUGCUACCUGUCGCUGAGUGAUACCAUGAAUGUGCUGUCCAAUAGCAGCUCCAGUUCACAGUCCACAGACAUGGAGUCCCUGUGGGGACAGGAGGAGGUGAGAGGGGUGGCCACCUGCCCAGGGAGAGGAGGGGGCUUUUCCCUGGAUCAGCUUUUUGUUCUGCAGCAGGCUAACCCUGAGGGCUUGCAGACCUCCAGUGAUGAGGACAAAGACUACACAUGGACACCAGCCCCAAGGGCUUCUGGCCUGCUGGUAGCUGGCAAGAAGAUCAAGAAGAUCCAGGCAAGCCAGGGCUCUGUGAAGCCCAAGGACAGCAAAAAAGCCUGCCCUGGCCAGGUGAAGAAAAAGUGUGUUAAUGGCUUCAUCAUGUUCUGCAGGAUGAACCGGAAGCAGUACAUCCGAGCCUGUCCUGGGACUGCAUCCACAGCUGCCACCAAGGAGCUGGCUCAACUAUGGCGAGGCAUGACUCUGGAGGAGAGGAGACCAUACUGCACUAAGGCACGCAGGUUCAGCCGCCAGCACAACCGCAUUGUGAAGCGGGAGAGCUCCAGCAGUGAGGACGACGACGGGGAGACCCCUAAGCCCUUCUACCAGCUGCUGGCUGAGAAGGCCCAAGUGUCUUUGGGCUUGACGUCGCUGCCCACCCCUCACUGCCAUUGA